AUGUCAGAUUACGUUAUUUAUUAUGGAACAUUUGUCCAUUCACUUUCUUUGUCUGAAUUAGACAUCAUCUCUCAAGGAGUCCUUGUAAUUGACAAUAAAAAGGGUACAAUUGUUCAUCUUGAAAGAAAUGUAAACGAUUUUGAAGACUUUUUAUUUUCUCAUCAAUCUUGGGGAGAGAAUGCCAAGAUUCACAAGUUAGGUCCUGAACAGUUCCUUAUACCUGGAUUUGUUGAUACACAUGCUCAUGCACCACAAUACAUGUUUGCAGGGUCAGGUAUGGAUCUUCAGCUCCUUGAAUGGCUUGAUACCUAUGUCUUUCCUUGUGAAUCCGAUUUUAAGGAUACAGAUCAUGCUGCACGCGCCUAUGAAGCCGUUGUCCGUCGUUUUAUCAAGAACGGUACCACAACCUGCAGUUGGUUCGCCACGAUUCAUGUUGAGAGCUGUAAACGUCUUGUUGAUAUCUUGCAUCAACUCGGUCAACGAGCCUAUGUUGGUAAAGUCAACAUGGAUCAAAAUGCACCCGACUAUUAUAUUGAAAAAACAGAGGAUAGUAUAAGGGAUACUGAAGCAUUUAUUCAAUAUGUUCAAGCACAACAGGGACUUGUUACGCCUGUCAUUACCCCUCGUUUUGCAAUCACCUGUAGUUCAAAGCUUUUGAAUGCCUUGGGAGAACUCGCUGAUCGUUAUCAGGUACCUAUUCAAUCACAUCUUUGCGAAAAUCCCGACGAAAUCUCUUUUACCUGUUCCCUCUUUAAGGAUUCUAAGGAUUAUACCUCUGUUUAUGAUGAUCAUGGUUUGUUAACUGAACGUAGUUAUAUGGCUCACUGUGUUCAUAUGACAGAUGAUGAAAUCGAUCUCUUGAUUCGUAAGAGAGUCGGUAUCUCUCAUUGCGCUAACUCUAACUUUUCCUUACACAGCGGUAUUUGUGAUGUUCGAAGGAUGUUAGAACGAGGUGUUGACAAGUUGGGUUUGGGUACAGACGUCGCAGGUGGUUUCCAGCCUUCUAUGUUGGAUGCUAUCAGAUCUAGUUUCUUUGCCUCCAAGACAUGUAAAAUUUUGGCCCGUGAUCGAGAUGGCAAUAAGGAUUAUGCACCAUUGAGUCCUGCUGAAUUACUUUAUUUAGCUACAAUGGGUGGUGCUCGUGUAUUAGGCUUAGAAGAGACGAUUGGAAACUUCCAGGUGGGUAAGGCCUUUGAUGCCCUUUGGGUUGAUUUAGAAGGUGGAUCUGUGGACUUGAUGGGUGGUGAAACGAUAUUACAAAAAGUACAAAAGUUUUUAUUUAAUGGAAGUAGUGAGAAUUUGAAGCAUGUUUAUGUUCAGGGUAAACGUAUUGCUGGUGCCGACAAAGAUAGUUAUUAA